AUGAGCGCUUCAGAAAACACGCGGGGAAAGCCAGGAUUACCUUGGGAAGCUGCUAGAAAGAGACACUACUCGCAGAUGUUAGGGAACAAGUUCAGACCUGGGCCUGAACACGCAACAGAACAAGCGGGUUAUGACACGAACAAGAGAUGUUCAGCAGGUAUCACAGCACGGCUUCCCAAGCUGAGCGAGACCCCAUACCGUGGGGAGCCAACACUGUCCAGAGGGCGGCAGUGGGGCAGGACCAAACGUGGGCUUGAGAUUGUCUGA